AUGGACUCUAACGUCCCCUGUUGGGCUUUGCCAGAGAUUUUGUCCACUAUCGAGGUUUGUCGGGAAGCAGAGACGAGGCUGUGCAUGAUCGACUGUUUGUCAUCGAUGUUCUUGGGUACUGGCAAGGAAUGGAUACGCAGCAGUGACGAAAUCAGUCCACUGCUUGCCAUCUUCCGACACACUCUUCAGGAAGUCAAGUCAGGAGAAAUCGGCAACUUGUUGGAGUUUCUUGGAAAAUAUGUGGAGGCUGAAUUAAGGAUCUCGAAGGAGGCUAAAGACGAUCACUAUAAUCCUUUCUGGAAGUCACCGCCAGAGAUCAUUUACGAACCGCUUUUUCUGAUACGCCUUACCGCAAGUUGCAUCGAACUGGCCGCAAAUGAAGAAGGUCAAGUACAAGGAGAAGAAACCGUUCUUUCAGCGUUGUCUCUGGUAGAAGAACGUUCGAAAAAAGGGGUCGUCAAGCGGUGCAAAUCCCCCAACCAGCCGUCUCUGGAGCGUGUUGGACGUAACUGUGCAGAGUUCCUUUUUACCGUCGCGGAAGGCCGUAACCUUCCUGUUAACUGGAGACUUAAGUUUGUUGCCACGUUGUGCGUACAGUUUCUUAAACUUUUGAAGUUACUGGAAUAA